GUCUCUGAAUGUUGCUACCAGCGCGGCGGCAUAGUGAAGAUGGCGGACUUGUUGGGGACCGGGCCGUCAGAUGAAAAAGAAACCGAAAAUGAGGACAAGAAGGAGGGGAAACGGCCAUGGGAUGACAUACCAAAGUCGGAGAAAAUCGUUAGAACUCCAGAUUUGGCGGAAACAUUGGGCUUUUACGAUAUGAACGCUGUCAGACGAGAGCAACGUGAACGCGAAAACUCAGAUCCGUCGCUGGCACGCUUCCUGUGUGCUGAGCUGACCCGGGGCUACUUCCUGGAGCACAACGAAGCAAAAUACACGGAGCGCAGAGAGAGAGUGUACACAUGCAUGCGCAUUCCCAGAGAACUGGAAAAGCUGAUGAUCUUUGGCUUCUUCCUGUGUCUGGAUGCCUUCCUCUACGUGUUCACUCUGCUGCCCCUCCGGGUGCUGCUGGCCCUGCUACACCUCUUCACCAUGCCCUGCUGCGGCCUCCGGGCAAACGUAUGCCCCUACUGCAAUCGGAGCAGUGGCUCGCUCCUGCUGCAGCCGGCCCAGGUGUGCGACAUCUUCAAGGGACUGAUAAUGGUGCUGUGCUACUCCAUGAUGCACUACGUGGACUACAGCAUGAUGUACCACCUGAUCCGGGGACAGUCCGUCAUCAAACUCUACAUCAUCUAUAACAUGCUGGAGGUUGCCGACAGGCUGUUCUCAUCAUUUGGCCAAGACAUCCUUGAUGCUCUCUACUGGACGGCCACGGAGCCCAAAGAGAGGAAGAGAGACAGCAUAGGGGUCAUCCCCCAUUUCAUCAUGGCUGUGUUCUACGUCUUCCUGCAUGCCAUCCUCAUCAUGGUCCAGGCAUCAACACUCAACGUGGCUUUCAACUCUCACAAUAAGUCCCUGCUGACCAUCAUGAUGUCCAACAACUUUGUAGAGAUCAAAGGAAGUGUGUUCAAGAAAUUUGAGAAGAACAACCUCUUUCAGAUGUCCAACAGUGAUAUCAAGGAACGGUUCACCAACUAUGUGCUCCUGCUCAUCGUCUGCCUCAGGAACAUGGAGCAGUUCUCAUGGAACCCAGAUCAUCUCUGGGUAUUGUUACCGGACGUCUUCAUGGUGAUCGCCUCAGAGAUCGCAGUGGACAUCAUCAAACACGCCUUCAUCACCAAGUUCAACGAGAUCACGGCAGAUGUAUACAGUGAAUACAGAGCCAGCCUGGCCUUCGAUCUCGUCAGCAGUCGGCAGAAAAAUGCCUGCACAGACUACAGCGACUCUGUAGCCAGAAGAAUGGGCUUCAUUCCUCUUCCUCUUGCAGUCCUGCUAAUCCGUGUGGUGAUGAGUUCAGUGAAUGUACAGGGAGCCCUGUCCUACUCCUGUCUGUUGCUCUUCUACUUGGGGAUGGUGACCCUGAAGGUGCUGAACAGUAUCGUGCUACUUGGGAAGUCGUGUGUGUAUGUGAAGAGAGCCAACAUGGAGGACAAACUGUUUGAGAGGCCCUCCACAGCCGCCCCCGGGAAGACGCCUAGUAGAACCAGGAAAACAUCCAGAUGUACUGCCCCCUCAGGUGAUCCAUCAGGUGAUCCGUGGUCCGAGCGGUCCCCAUCCAGUCCUUCCUGCACCUCCAUCACCGCCCAGCCUACCCCCACUGCCAGCCCCACCCUGCGGCCAGAGACCGUACCCCCUCCCCCCCCUCCCCCCACUACUUCCACAACCCCAGCCAGCUCUCCCAUCCCAGAGCCAGACCCGGACCCUGACACCCUCACCCCCUCACCCCCUGCCACUCCUGAGCAGAAAGAGGAGGAAGGGAUGGAAGGCACAGAGCUGAAGCAUAGGACCCCUAAAAAGGACCUGCUGGAUGUUGACCGCUUCACUAUAUGCGGGAACCGCAUCGAUUGACCCCUUCUAUUGACCCCUCCCCAAAAAUGUGAUAAUCACUCAGGAGAGGCGGUGAGCUGGACGCACGCCAGCACUUCGGCUCUCUUAGCCAAAGCCAGCGGAAGCAACAUGUAUUUAUUGAGCUAGACAGACAAUAAGUUAUUGCCAUACAGUAAGCUAUCUCUGGGACUGGCUGUUAAAUUUAAGUCUACCUGUUGUUUUUUUGGGGCCCGACAAGAGAACUAAGUUGGUUGGGCAACGGAAGAAUGUGUGCGGUAUUGUUGUUUCCAUGACAACCCAGUCGUGUGCGCGUGUGUGCGUGCACGGACACGAAUGUGAAACAUGAGAAAUGGGGCCUCUUCUCAGAUAAACAUCCAGCAAAAGAUGAACAAACUAAAAUCAAACUGCAAAUGAGGUUUCUGGAUCAUUAUGGUUUACAGGAAAACAAUACCAUGUUAAAUUAGUAAUCUGUCAAUGUUAUAUCGUUUAAUAUGGACAUAUUAGAUCGAAAUGACUGAAAUUUAAAAACUAUUUGCUCAUCAAAAACUUGACCGGAAUAAAUGGAAUUUAGUGUUAUGAAAUAUCACAUUUGGUACGAGUUCCAUUUGGUAGUGUGAAGAACAUCUAUACAUGUGACUAUGUAGAGAGCUUUCUUUUACAGAUAUUGUAAUAUCCUUCAGUUUGAUUCAAAAGAGCCACGGGUACCCUUCAUUUGAUGGUUUUAUGUUCGCCAUUACCACAAUUAUUGCACAUAUUUCCUUUGUGGCAGCAGAGUAGCCUAGUGGUUAGAGCGCUGGACUAGUAACCGAAAGGUUGCAAGUUCAAAUCCCGAGCUGAGAAGGUACAAAAUCUGCCGUUCUGCCCCUGAACAGGCAGUUAACUCACUGUUCCCAGGCCGUCAUUGAAAAUAAGAAUUUGUUCUUAACUGACUUGCCUAGUUAAAUAAAGAAUAAAUAAAUAACAAUUGUGGAAAGUUCAUAAUAGCAUUUUAUGAUGACAAUAAUCCCUAUUUUGGUGUAUUCUGGGUUGUCAAACCUUUGGGGAUUUUUGUUAUGAAUGUUGCACUGAUGUACCGUGUUGUCUUAAAUAUGCUACAUAUGACAGGUUUUCUAGCUAUUUCUCAUGCAAUGUUUUAAUGUUUACUUCCUGAGCAUUUCAGAAGCAAUAUAUCCAAAACAUAGUGCACAUGCUUUUUUAAUUCAGUUAUUUCACCAUGCCUUGAGGGAAGUGGUUUUGCUUUCAUUUGGCCCUUUGUAUUUUAUUGCUACAGUUAAUUAUAAACUCACUGGUAUUUUUUCUAUACCAGUGGCCAAAAUGUAUAUUAGACUGGCCUGAUUCUGAUUUGGUGCCCAUCUUAUUAGAAUGUGAUAAGUGAAACAUCAUGUUUUAUUUAGUUACAAUAUUGUAUCAUUUUAUACUAUAUUUAAACACCUGGCCAUAAUGUUACAGCUGCUGUGCUUAUAUGUGUUGGGAAAUGGAAGCCACUGAACCUCAUUUGAGUAGAACAGCGUAGAAAUCAAUAAAUGAUGCAAAGUGACAUAGCACUUCAUUGGUCUUGCUGUUUAGGUUCUUUAGGCAACACUUUACAUGGUGUACAGUAUUUUAGCACAAGCAGGUACCACUGCUGUCUGUAUUCCAUGUAAAGAAACCAGUGAGUGCUUACUGUAAAUGGUACGUACCAGGGUUGGGGUCAAUUCCAUUUUCAAUUCAGUUUGUUUUGGAUUGACUGAAUUGAAAACAGAAUUGACCCCAACCCUGGUAAGUAUUGCACAACUUUUACAGGAUAUUAAUGACAGCUAUGUUUCCUCUGUUACGGUAGGUACUCUGGUAUAAGCCCUAUGUAAUGUAAAGGGAUGCCAUUUUUUUUCUCGCUAUUAUGAAAAUAUGUGAAGUGUGAAAUACUCACGCAUAUCAGCAUUGAUCAUACUUUGUUUGGAGAAAUAGCUGUUUUUAAUGUUCAUUACCAUUGUUAUAAGGAAGAUUGUUCUAUUUUUGGAGCUGCCAGGUCAAAUCAAACCCGAUUAUUUGUCACGUGCUGAAUACAACAGGUGUAGACUUUAUAAUAUUUGAUAGUAUUUUGCGCGUAGAACUUCCACAGAACCAUCUCCAGGGGUUUUGUACUGUUCUGAUGCAAUGAUGAAAACCUGUUCACUUAAUCUCAUCUGUUUGGUUCAUAAGAACUUCACCAUGAUAUGAAAUGGCCCUCUUUUUGGGGUGAUGAUGAAUAAAAGUUAUUUUGUA